AUGAGCCACUGUGCAGAUGUUGAGCGAACCGUGGAGAGUGAUCAGCUUCUUCAUCCUUUUGAUAGCAACUUUGACAGAGCCGUCGGUUACAUUGUGUUUGAGGGCGAUCAUCCUAUAUCCAUCUUGUUCAGCGAGUGGCAACAGUUUUGA